AUGAAUGCUCAGAACGUGCUGGAGAUGAUGCGGUAUGAUUACACGCUGCUCGGGCUGCAAUCUUCGUUGAGCAGCAUGGGCUUGGCGGUAACCUUUGGUGUGUUAAUCGAAAUGGGUCCGCCCAGCGUCAUUCGUGGCUGCAUCUACACUUUCGCCCGUGAUGGAAGCGCGUGGAGUUUCUUGAGCCGGCAGGAGAUCGCCUUGUGGAGCGAACUUUUUACUCCCAAUGAUGGGCGAAGGUUUGUACGCCUUGGCAAAGACAUUCUCAUGAUGAGGGAUGGAGCCGGUGCUUCUGGAACCCCGUUGCAGUGGAUAGCUUUCCAGUUCGAAGAGGGCAACUGGACCCGGCGUCCUGAGGCAGAUCUCCCUAGGAAUGGUGCUCCCCAAUCUUCGACGGUGAGGGAACUCGCACAUGACGGCCGGACCCUUGCGGCAGGGCCAGGUGCGAAUGGAGAAAUCUUCAUCCACGAAUGGCAGGGAGACUCCUGGCGAAGCCCCGUCGCAAACUUGUCGGUUCCCGCAGAAGCUGGCGUCGAACUUAGGCAACUGUAUUUUCUCGAAGUGCACGGAGACUAUCUUCUCGCAAUGCGGUACGGAUUUUCCUCGCAGGCCCAGGCCUUGGUUCAGGUGCUGGUAAUUCACAAGCGUGCAGACGGCUCGUGGCCUGAAGUCUACCGUGCCAAAGCGCCAGAAGAGUACAAUGCCAUGUCUGCCAGCAUCCACAGCUCUGGCAAGUCAGUGGUGACGUAUUCGUCUUUCAACUACAGGUUGAAGCUAGGCUUCGUCCGAGUGUUCGAGUCGGGAUCCGGUGACAAUUGGACCGUGACGCAGACCGUGUUCCGCAACUUCAGUCGGGAUCCUAAUCCCAUCGUGGCCCUCUCAGCAGAGGCAGUGGUCUUGGCAGAGAAUGAGUCACCGCUCCCGCCCACCAGCAUCAUCUACAGUUGCAACGACACUGGCACGAUGAUUCCUACAGCUCGGACACCCACUGCAGCAGGGACGCCCUUCACGAGUCCACGAUGCUUCAAGCCCUGCAAGGGGCGCUUUCCUCGACGACGGCGUCUCCGCCUGCGUAUGUGCAUACGGCGCUGUAGGGCCAGGCGUAAAAUGGGGCACGGCAUAAGGCACUCAGCAUCUGUACAGUGA